CGCCGCCUUCUAACUCCUACCGAGCGUGCACCUCGCUCCAAUCUCUUCCCGGGAGCCGGACGCCCUCGCACCAAGUCGACCCUCGCCAUUUCCAUAUUUCUCGCUUAAGUAGUGUCUUAGUGUAGCGGUAGUUACUUUGUGGUAAUUUAUUAUAGAAAUCGGUUAACGUCUCUCGUGUCGACGAAAGGCGAUCGAUGUCACUUGUAAACACUAUUGCUUAAUAAGUACCGAUGUCCAGCCGCAACAAGCUUCGUUUACUAGAGUAGGGUUCGAUAGUACGUCGCGGUAGCUAUCCGCAAGUGGGUCAGAUCGCUUCGACAAAACAAAGAUCGGAAAGCGGAGCUACCGGGCGCGCCAAAUAUAGCCGCGGCUGGAGCCGGCGCCCGCCCGACUAACGGCGAAUUCUCCGCUUGCAGCGGAUGGGCGACUGGGAGCUGGUGCCAUACGUGCCGCGCCCGAGUCUGGUUCCCGACCCUGUGACGGCCUUCGGUCGCCGCAGCCGCCCCGGCACCAGAGCGUCGGUUCUCGAUCCCGUCACGAAGCAGAACAUUCCGCCGAAACCGGAGUCGAAGCUGGCACCACUCGCGCCGUACGUGUCGCCUCGCGAGCAAACGAGAGCGCGAGUCCUUUCCACGGUGGGCCAGCGCGAGCGCGCCUAUGCGGCUGACCCGCUGGGCACGCCGCGCGACCACAUGGACGUGGUGCUGGCUCAGGCGCACGGCCGGCCGGAGCGGCCAGCGCACCGGCACGUCUUCUACAGCAACUAUGCCACUUACUGAGUCCGUCGCAGUCGUUUCGUGUGUCGCUUUCGCUAGUCGGGUCGGUCGGGUCGGUGCGAGGGUGCGCGGGAGCUAGCGGUGCUAAGGGCGCGGUUG